UGCAGCUCAUUUUACAGAUGGAGAUACUGAGGCAAACAGGGUUAAUCAACUUUGCUAUGCAUCACACAACUGAGUUAAGUGUCUGAAACCUAAUUUGAAUUCAGGCAGAUGAGUCUUCCUCAUUCCAAGCCCAGUACUCUCUACUAAGAAAAGUCAGUGAAAAAGACUUGUGACACCUGCUAUAGCCAGUUAUUCUCAAUGGGUGUAGUUGACCAAGAGCCAGAAGAGAAAAAAAUUAGGAUUUUUUAGUUCUGGGAUGGAAGAGAUUUCCUCUCACUUCUUUAUAUGCCGAAAUUAUUAUGCAUCAUCAUUAGAUUGGGAAUUACUUCACAGGUGAGGACUGUUUUGCUUUUCCUUGUAUCCCUCUUUUUACCAGAAUUGCAACUUAUCACUGGCAGGGGAUAUAGUAGCUGACCAAGAAGCAGCUCUCUUAAGCUUUUCUUGCUUUUUUAUUUCUGAACCCAAAGCUUUUUUCCUCCUGAAAGUUUCCAACCUUAAAGAGGUUUGCAAAUACAUAUUUUACGUAUAUUGUCUCAUUUGAGCCUCACAACAAUCCUGGGGGAUAAGGAGUGUUGUUAUAAGUACUCUUCUUGAGGAAACUGAGGCUGCCUCUGCUCUCUUAUUUUUCAGGUAGGAUUUAUUCCUCUACACUGCUAUGAACCUUCUCAACAGAGGCUGUAUUUUCUAGGUUUCUCUUGACAAAUAUUAGGGUAACUACAAGUAAUUACACUUUAGAGAUAGAGGCUGAAGUGCAAAGACACUCCUAAUUUUAGAGUAAAGAGGUGGCCUUAUCAGUAGAAAAAUACACCACCACCCCGCACUUUAUAUUAGAGAAGAUAAAUGAAAACUUAGUCAUGCUACUUAAAUCUGGAAGGGACCUUAUAUGUCAACUUUCAACACCUUCAUUUUGAAAUUUACUUCCACAUCUAGUAUUUUCUGACUCUUUAAUGAUUUGUCCAAGGUCAACACAGCUUGUUAGUAGCAAUCUGGGACUAAAACCUAGGUCAUCUGGCUUUCCAGCCCAGGGCUCUUAACUACAUCACAGCUUGAAAAGAUGCCAACUCCUGACCUAAUUAAGUCUUGGUCAUCCAAUACAAUUUCCUACAACCAAUGAAAAGCCAAAGCAGAGGGAUGAGUCUCACUCUUCUGUGAUGUGGCAGAGAGAGAAGAGUUCCAUAAAGGGCCACCACCCAAAUUCUACAGCCAGAUCAUCCAGUUGGGUCAGGAACACCUUGGGGUCCACCCUGUUUGUCCUGAGCACUGGGGAGAUUGAGAAAGAUACCAGAGGCAUUUGGGUCUCCUCUGUUGGUUUCCCAGACCCUGGUCUGGGAUGUCCAUAUGGCUAGAGGGUCAGGAUGUAAUUCCUUCCAAGAUGCUAAAGUUUCCCUAAUACUUCCUUAGUUCUCUUUUGGAGUGACAAAGGAAGGUUAGAAGCCCAUAUGAUGUAUGUCACUAAGGAUGAAUAGAUUGGAGUUCUGAAAUGAAUAUCAUCAUUGAAUCACAUUGUAUGUCCUGAUAAAAUGACAUCAUGUAUGUCCUGAUAGGAUGUGUUUGUUAUAUCCUGACUCUAAUAUUCUUCAAGAAGUUCAGGCUGCUGACAACGUGCCGCAGACCUCUGCCUGCGAGUGAGUCUUUCCUCCGAAGCCAUCGCCAGUGUGUGGAGCCUGCCCCACACCCGCCACCUGCCAAAACCACGGCCUUUACCUGUGUCUUUCGGUGUUUCCCCUGCGACCCGUCCUGUGGGAGCACCUCCUGGGCCACUCCUGAGUUUGCACAGCAUUCAGCGGCGGCUCCAAUGGUGAAGAUGACAAGGUCCAAGACUUUUCAGGCAUACUUGCCUUCUUGCCACCGGACCUACAGCUGUAUCCAUUGCAGGGCUCACCUGGCCAACCAUGAUGAACUCAUUUCCAAGUCGUUCCAAGGAAGUCAAGGACGAGCUUACCUCUUUAAUUCAGUAGUUAAUGUGGGCUGUGGACCUGCGGAAGAGCGAGUGUUGCUAACGGGGCUCCACGCAGUUGCAGACAUCUACUGUGAAAACUGCAAAACCACUCUGGGCUGGAAAUAUGAACAUGCCUUUGAGAGCAGCCAGAAGUAUAAAGAAGGCAAAUACAUCAUUGAACUGGCACACAUGAUCAAGGACAAUGGCUGGGAUUGAAUAGAGGGAGUCCCCCCUACCCAGUGUCUGAAUGAAUGCCAUCCAACUGAACAUUGUAUCCGAGAGGGGAGAGAGUGACUGAACGAACGCUUGGUUCCAUCCCUUUAGAGGCUUUGGCAUCAGGAGCAUCCUCCCACCCUAUCUCCAUCUUUAUUGGUGACUGGCCUCCUAAAUUGCUGUCUCUCUGUUUCUUUGCUUUGUAUGUAUUUGUGAGAUGACCCUGGCUUCUCUCUCUGUUCUAGUGUUGGCUAAAAGCAGUGGAUGCACCGAGAGCUUGGCAGCAUUCUACUUUAAGGAGAGUCCCAGGGACCCCCUGCCCCUUCCCCCCGAGGGCGGGCGGCCUUAGCCUUCUUUUGUGUCAGGAUAGCAAUGGCAGGGGGGUGUGAGGAGGGAAGGGGCCCUGAGUGUCCCAGGGCAGGGGUGGGCAUGGGAGGGUGGAGGUAGGAACUGCUGCUCCUUAAAAACCCUGGGAACCCAGGAACCUUGAAACUAUCAACUUGUCCAAAAGGACAAAAAGAAGAUUUAAAAAAAAUACCUCAUGACUGAAUUCUCUUUGAAGCUUCUGUUCCUGACGCCCAACAAUGUGCCAGGUCAGCAUGCAAGGAGGCUCUGCCUCCUGUGGCUCAUGCAGUUGUGGGGCAGGAGUCAGACUGCCUUGGGCUGGUUUGGGGGCACCCUGUGUUAGCUGAUGGUUGUGUCAGCCACUGGUGAGCUUGUGGUAGGGUCUCAGUGAUUUGUUCCCUGACUGUGUCUGCCUGUGCCCACCCGACUCCAAGCUCUCCCUUAUGCUCCCCCAUCGUGGCAAGGAGGGCUCUGCCCUUCACCAAGUAUUGACGAUCAUGGGCUCUCUGGCAAGCAGAGGCCAGUGGCCUUUGACCUGUGACCCACGAAGUCCUGUAAUUAAAGGGACAGCAAGUUGACCGCUCCAAAAUCAGGCAAGGAAACCAUAGGAAAGCCAGCACAGUUAAAACGACUCCAACUGCCUGACCCCUAACCCUUGACUAAGCACAAUGGGUGGGGGUGGGGAAGGAGAGAUUUGGAGGGAUGGGGAGGAGAGGAAAACACCUUUUGGUGUCAGACCUCCUCCCCACUUCCCCAGUGGGUGGGGAAUCCCAGGAGCAGGGAUGAUUCACAUGCAGAGUUUGAUUGGUUUUGAUUCCAGCCCUGUCUUUUAAGCUAUGAAAACUAAAAGCUUUGGAGAUUAUGGUUAAUGUGUUCUGCAGGCAGAUAUUUCGAGCCCCAGUGUUAUUUCUCUGAAUUCAAAUGGGAAGAAGUAUAGUAAUUAACCAAAGUCGCCCAGCAGUAGGGAACUGAUUAAAUUUGAUGUCAGACUAAGAGUAACAAAUUCUAAUCUUACCUUUUCUUUUUUUGGAGGCUAGGAAUGAAGAGGGGACAUAACUUGUGAUAUUAGGAGGAGUCGAGUGGGGGAAACCCAAGCCAGGAAGGCUUAGGAGUAAAAAGCUUUGUCUUGCAUUUAAUCAUCCACACUGUGAUGUCUGUUCUACAGCAAUCCAGCUAGUACCUGGUGAAUGAUGUGAGGCCCACUCGGAUGGAGUUCAUUUCAUUUCUCAGGCUUAAAAUACUCUAUUUUUCCUAAUGAUCUUGUGUAUCAUUCUCAACAUCUCAUUUUCCAAGGAGACUGAAUCUGAAAAAUUCAAGUCUCAGUUGUCACAAGUGGUUAAUUCGGGAGCAUAGGGGAACCUGUGCAGUGGAAUGGGCUUUGAAGGCAGCAGAACCAGGGAGCCUCCUGGGAUAGAGUCUGUGAUGGAAAGAGGUGAUUAUGGGAGGGCUAUGAAAAGGGUGAAUCUCUGGGUCGCUGUCCUGUAGCAAGAUAAAUUCUUGAGUCCUGGUGGUUCUGGCUCAAGGCUGACCUUGGCCUGGAAGUUCCCUCAAACUGGACUUUUCUUCCUUUUGACUGACUGGUGCAAGAUAAAAAAGGACUUCUUCCUUACAAAAUCUAGUUUUUGGUUCUCUUUUUAAAAAAACACUUUAUAAUUAGAACUAUUCCCACCCCCCAAAAAAACAAAUCAAAACCCCAAACAACUCCAAAACCAUUGGACCAGUCUGAAAGAAUAAGAAGGGAAACUGAGGUACAGUUAGAUUACUUUGUUGCAAUCUGCUAGAGGAAUUUUCUUUCUGCUUCCUCUAAUCCCUUAGAUUGCAUCAGAAAAUAGCUUCAGUUUUCACAUUCCCCGGCUAGCUUCCCAGUCCUGAAAUAGUUGGAUUCCCACUCCCUCCCUACUGAAAUAUGGGCCCUGGGCCCUUUCCUUUAGAGAUUUAGCCUUCUCUUUAAGGAAAGUUUCACCUGAUUUUUAGGACUACAAAUGAAAUGGAAAUUUGGCAAAUGUUUAAGCAAACCUAGACAGUGAAAGAUAGUGAGUUUGCAGCGACCAAACCCUGGCCCUACCCCCACUUAAUGCCCUGGGAAAGCUUCCAUUGUUCUCUCUGGCACUCCUGGUGCUGUGAGGAACCCUUCAGCACCCCAAAAGUGCAUAGCACCUCCUAUCCGAAGAGAAGGCUCAACAGCAGAACGACCCCCUUCAUUAGGUUUCCCGUAUGUGUUGACUAAACCAUAAGUGCUUCUUACAAUGUUAGCUCCAUCCAUGACCUGUUUCGUGUCUAGCAGUAUUGGAGACCACAAAUGGAGCUCAAACCUUGUCAAACUUGUGGACUCAAACUAUUUUAGUUCUUAUAUGUGAUUUUUUUUCUCUUAAAAUUAUUUACUCAGCAUAACCAAAGACCUCACUCCUAGGCCACUGGUAGGUUCAGCCAACUGGGAGCUGGUGGGCAAAGCUGGGAGAGUGAGAAGAGAGGAAGGAAGAGAAGGGGGAGAGGGGAGGAGGAGGAGUUCUUUACCUCAGCCAGCAGCUGCCUUCAUUUGCAGUGGAAAAACUGUUAGCAGAAUCUCCAGUUUCAGCUCACUCUGCUCCACCUUUGGAUUGGGCCGAGACCCUGAGUGCUGGGGCCUGGGGUCUCCACGGCCUGGCCCCGGCACUGGCACCAGCACCAGCCUGGAAGCUGGAUGCCAUUGACUUGAGUUGGUUGGAGCAAAGCAGCUGCAACCCAGCUUGAUGAGCACAGGUGUCCGUCUGGGUACUACAUCCAUACUUGGACAUGGCAAGGUCAGUCAGUGCUGGUAGAGUUAGCAUGCACAAAGGAAAUAUUCCCCCCUUUCAACAAAUUUUCAAAGGGUAAUAUAUACAGAAGAAAAAAAAAAACCUUGUGAAAUAGACUUUUGUAAAUAAUAUUUAAUUUUUUUAAAUAAUAUAUUUGGUGCUGUUUUCUCAGAGCUCCUGAGAGCACUUUUUAUUUUUAUUUUAAAAUUUUACUGUUUCCUCUGAAUUUUUUUGAAGUAUGUUUUAAGGGAAACAUGCAUACUUUUUUUUUUUUUUCCAAAGUCUGUCAUUUAGUCUGGGGGAGGCAAGAAAGCUUUGCUUUUACCUUUUCCUGGUAGAAGUGACAUGUAGUGAAUCAAUAGGUUGAAUUGAAAUGUUUUUCUUGCACCAGUAUUGGCUAGGAAAAAAAAAACAAAAAACAUUGAGGUGAAGUGCUGUUAGCUGUGGCUUCAAAGGCCUUCAGGUCUGUUGUUUUUAAUGUGCAUUUUUUAAAAGUGUUUUCCAAUGGCUCCUGCUUUUCUUUUUACUGGGAAUAUUAUGUAAAAGUUUACACAGCUCCUGUAGCAAGGCUUUUCUUUUCUCCCUCUCCCCCACUUUGUGUGUUGUUUUUUUUUUGUUUUGUUUUGUUUUUGCACUCUGUCUCUAAGUGGACCAACAGUACAAGCCAUAGAGAAUGCAUCUUACCACGCCAUGUACAGGCAGGGCUGCAAGCAGUGCUGGGUCUCUGGUAUACCCUCCCCUUCUCUUCUGUGGCGCAACUUGGAUGAGCUACAAAUGAAUCUAUUGUCCUUGUGGAGAUCCAAGAGUUAGACCUCUUGUAUGUUUUCUAUUUGCUAAUGUGAGUGUAUUAAUUGCAUAUUCUGCGGCUCCCAAAGUGUUUAACAAGAUGCCUCACCAUAAACAGGAACUAGUAUUGGUCCAACAGGCAUGAAAUGUAGACAUGCCUGUAGGCAAACAAAUUUGUGAGGUCAGAAUCCCUCAGGGUCAGGAAGAGGCCUGGGAAAUGAAAUCCUGGAAAAUAAUCAACUUAUAUGUUUUUUAAGUCGGUCCAAAAAUGAAAAACCACUAUGGGGCGGGGGGUUGGGGAGGGGAGAAGAGACACUUAAUUUUCAAAUUAAAAUGUAUAAAUUAAUCGGUGGCAAGAUAAAGAUAAAAAGAAUAAAAUAUAAGCUGUUCCCAAUAUUAACAAAUUCUUACUGCCCCUUACGUUUUUGUAUAAAAUUUUGUUAAAAGUGGGAGCAAAUUCCCUUUUUGCGGAGACUAUCUUUUCAAUACCAGUCUGUUUAUUGAUGCUUGUGUUUACAAACUGUAUUUGUUGGGUUUUGGGGGGUGGUUUUUGGGGGCAUAUUUUUUCAGGUCACUUUGCUUCAACAAAGGCAAUUGUUUUUCAAUAAUUUGUCUUCACCUUUUUUUCCUGUAUUUGUACAUAGUGAUUCAGUAUUAGAAGAAAGUGCGUUGUUUUCUCAUUUCCAAUAUGUGUUGGUGCUCAUUUGAGAAAAUAAAGUUUUCAAAUAUUCUGUGUGUUGGCUUCUA